AUGAUUAUUCCGAUUCGGUGCUUCUCUUGCGGGAAGGUGACGGGCGACAUGUGGGAGCGCUACCUGAAGCUUCUCGAUGAUGGCGUCUCCGACGGUGAUGCUAUGGACCAGCUUGGAUGCAAGCGCUACUGCUGCCGCCGUAUGAUAAUGACACAUGUCGACCUGAUCGAAAAGCUCCUCAAGUAUACCCCCGAUGGACGAGAUGUCAAGAAGACCAACCUCCACGCCGACCAUCUGCAGGGCUAG